AUCAAUUACGGAGAAAUUAGAUAUGUUCUCUUUCUCUCUCUAAAGCUGCAUUAGUUUGGUUCUCUUUCCUCGUUUCUCGCACCCAGCCAGAACACAUGCAUCUCUCUCUCUCUCUCUCUCUCUCUAUUUCAUGGAGGGCCGACUUAAAUGCAGCUGCAGGCACCUUCAUGAUUGCUUGAAAAUGUUUGCCAUCUGAAGUUUUCUUUCCUUUUCUUUUUCUUUUUUUUAGUUUUUGUUCUCGUACUGGCGAAACCGAUUAUAAAGAAGUCUUCUUCCAUCUUUCUAGUUCACAUUUUUAACUGAACGAGCCUAGCUGCAUCGACGUCAUGAUGAGCAACCUUAAGCUAGGGGUAGAAGUGGUUAGUGCGCACAAUCUUUUGCCCAAAGAUGAGCACGGUUCAUCCAGUGCCUUUGUAGAGCUCUGCUUUGACGGCCAGAGGUUCCGCACAACCAUCAAAGAAAAGGAUUCCAAUCCUGUGUGGAGUGAGUGUUUCUACUUCAACAUCCCUGACCCUUCCAACCUACACUAUCUUACUCUUGAUGCCCAUGUUUACAAUAACAUCAGAGCUACCAACUCCAGGUACUUCCUUGGUAAGGUUUGCCUUACUGGGAAUUCAUUUGUACCCUACUCGGAUGCUGUUGUGUUGCACUACCCUCUGGAAAAGCGUGGAAUUUUCUCGCGUGUAAGAGGAGAGCUUGGCCUGAAAGUUUAUAUCACUGAUGAUGCAUCCAUCAAAUCCUCUACCCCACUUCCUGCAGUUGAAUCUUUGCCAACAAAGGAUCCAGGCUUAACACAUGCCGUGGCUCCAAUGGUAGACCCUAUGACAAAUACUGUAUCUCAUAAAAGAGUUGAGAGACACACCUUUCAUCAUCUUCCUAACCCAAAUCACCAGCAACAGCAGCAUAAGAAUCAUUCUUCUGCUCCUUCAAUCACCCAUCAUGUACCAAAGUAUGUGGCUGAUGAGAUGAAAGCUGCAGAAACACAGCCUCCAAAGUUAGUUCGAAUGCACUCCGCAUCAUCAUCACAACCCGGUGACCAUGCCCUUAAAGAGACAAGUCCCUUUCUUGGAGGGGGAAGAGUUGUUGGGGGUCGUGUUAUUCGAGGAGACAAGACUGCAAGCACUUAUGAUCUUGUUGAACGGAUGUACUUCCUGUAUAUAAGGGUUGUUAAGGCUCGUGAUCUUCCUGCCAUGGAUGUUACAGGAAGUCUCAAUCCGUUUGUUGAGGUGAGAGUUGGAAACUACAAAGGAAUUACAAAACACUUUGAGAAAAAGCAAAAUCCAGAGUGGAAUCAGGUGUUUGCUUUUUCAAGGGAACGGAUGCAAGCUUCUGUUUUAGAAGUUGUUAUUAAGGACAAGGAUCUUGUUAAAGAUGACUUUGUAGCCGUCAUAAGGUUUGAUAUCAACGAGGUUCCAUUGCGAGUCCCACCAGAUAGUCCUCUAGCUCCAGAGUGGUAUCGGCUUGAGGACAAGAAGGGAGAGAAGAUAAAGGGCGAGCUAAUGCUUGCGGUGUGGAUUGGAACCCAAGCAGAUGAGACCUUUCCUGAUGCGUGGCAUUCUGAUGCAGCUACACCUGUAGAUAAUACACCGGCUACCUCCACUGUUACACGUUCAAAGGUCUAUCAUGCACCAAGGUUGUGGUAUGUACGUGUUAAUGUUGUCGAGGCACAAGACUUGGUCCCAUCAGAGAAGACACGUUUCCCUGAAGUGUAUGCUAAGGUACAGAUGGGAAACCAAGUUUUGAAAACAAAGACAUGUCAGGCUCGAACUUUUAGUGCGUUAUGGAAUGAGGAUCUUUUAUUCGUUGCUGCUGAACCCUUCGAGGACCAUCUAGUUCUUUCAGUUGAGGAUCGUGUCGGUCCUGGAAAAGAUGAGAUAAUCGGGAGGGUCAUCAUCCCAUUGAGCUCUGUGGAGAAGCGUGCUGAUGAUCGGAUAAUUCAUUCUCGCUGGUUUAACCUGGAAAAGCCAGUUGCUGUAGAUGUAGAUCAGUUGAAGAAAGACAAGUUCUCUAGCCGUAUUCAUCUUCGAGCCUGCUUAGAUGGAGGAUACCAUGUUCUUGAUGAGUCAACUCAUUACAGCAGUGAUCUUUGUCCAACGGCAAAACAGCUUUGGAGGCCUCCGAUUGGGAUACUGGAACUAGGCAUCUUAAAUGCUGCGGGACUCCAUCCUCUUAAAACACGAGAUGGGAGGGGUACAUCAGAUACGUACUGUGUUGCAAAGUAUGGUAACAAAUGGGUCCGGACACGCACCCUUAUCGACAACCCGUCUCCAAAAUACAAUGAGCAGUACACGUGGGAAGUUUUUGAUCCAGCUACAGUUCUUACAGUUGGUGUAUUUGACAACUGCCAGCUUGGGGAAAAAGGUUCAAAUGGAAAGGACCUAAAGAUUGGGAAGGUUCGGAUUCGCAUCUCUACACUUGAAACUGGGCGUGUUUAUACGCACUCUUAUCCCUUGCUGGUUCUUCAUCCUACCGGGGUUAAGAAGAUGGGGGAAUUGCACUUGGCGAUUAGAUUUACAUGCAUAUCUUUUGCAAACAUGCUUUAUCAGUACUCACGACCACUUCUACCCAAAAUGCACUAUAUCAGGCCAUUCAAUGUGAUGCAACUAGAUAUGCUCCGCCACCAAGCUGUCAACAUAGUGGCAUUACGGUUAGGUCGGGCAGAACCUCCUCUUAGGAAAGAAGUGGUGGAGUACAUGUCAGAUGUGGACUCACACCUCUGGAGCAUGCGUCGAAGCAAGGCAAAUUUUCUUCGCUUGAUGACUGUUUUCUCAGGAUUAUUUACAGCUGGAAAGUGGUUCGAGGAUAUUUGCAUGUGGAAGAAUCCUAUCACUACCGUGCUUGUUCAUGUGCUCUAUCUUAUGCUUGCUUGCUUCACAGAACUUAUUCUGCCCACAGUUUUUCUUUACAUGUUUCUGAUAGGCAUUUGGAAUUACCGAUAUCGACCAAGGUACCCUCCCCACAUGAGCACAAAGAUUUCACAGGCUGAGGCAGUGCAUCCUGAUGAGCUAGAUGAGGAAUUUGAUACAUUCCCAACAAGCAGGAGCCCUGAGCUGGUGGGAAUGAGGUAUGAUAGGUUACGAAGUGUUGCUGGAAGGAUUCAAACUGUCAUAGGCGAUAUAGCAACCCAAGGGGAGCGAUUUCAGGCACUGUUAAGCUGGCGUGAUCCACGGGCCACUGCCAUCUUUGUUAUAUUCUGCCUUGUAGCUGCACUGGUUUUGUUUGUGACACCAUUUCAGGUCAUAGCAGCUUUGGCAGGCUUCUACAUGAUGAGGCAUCCAAGAUUUCGCUACAGGACACCAUCUGUGCCCAUUAACUUCUUUCGCAGGCUUCCUGCUCGGACAGAUAGUAUGCUGUAAAUUGGAAUUGGAUGCUCGCACUUGCUUUGCAGUUCUUGUUUACAAUGGAUUGGCUACAAAAGUUGUAAUCACUAAAAUAGUUCGCAAAUAAUCUGUAUUUGGCAUGUGUGGCCACAGAAAAGUAAAAUAAGGAGUUGUUAAAUGUAAUUUGAUUAGCAAAAACUUUGUCCAUGUUCUAUAGUUUACUUGUUUGUCAA